AUGGCGCCCGUCGUAUCCUCUGUUGCUCGUGCAGCAUCCCAAGUGUCGUCCAGCACAGCCCGCGCGCGCCUGACCCAAAUGCGAAGUCACUUCAGCACUUCCUCUGGAGCCCGAAAAGAAAUCCAAGACGCAUAUAUCCUCGGCGCAGCCAGGACUCCGACCGCCAAGUUCAAUGGCUCGUUCAUGGGCGUGUCUGCUCCCCAACUAGGCGCUUACGCAAUCAAGUCCGCGAUCGAGAAGUCCAAGGUUCCCAUCUCCAAAAUCACGGAUGUCUAUAUGGGCAAUGUCCUUUCGGCCGGAAUGGGUCAGGCACCCGCCCGACAGGCGUCAAUCUUCGCCGGUCUACCGCCUACGAUCGAAGCCGUCACAGUGAACAAAGUCUGCGCGUCGGGCCUCAAAGCUGUGGCGAUCGCUGCUCAAAAUAUCCAACUGGGUUUGGCCGAGGCCCAAGUCGCGGGCGGCAUGGAGAGUAUGUCACGGGUUCCAUAUUACCUCCCUCGCGCCGCUCAAAAUCCAGCUUUCGGACACCUGCAGAUGAAAGAUGGCCUCCUCGAUGAUGGUCUCUGGGAUGUCUACAAUCAAUUCCACAUGGGCAACUGCGCAGAGAACACCGCCAAGAAAUUUAACAUUACUCGUGAAAUGCAGGAUGCAUAUGCAAUUCAGAGUUUCGAGCGCGCCCAAAAGGCAUGGGCAGAGGGCCGAUUCAAGGAUGAAAUUGUCCCCGUCACGGUCAAGGACAAGAAAGGAGACACCGUCAUCAGUGAGGAUGAAGGAUACAAUAACCUGAAGAAAGAUAAAGUGGCUACCUUAAAGCCGGCCUUUGUCCGGGAUGCCUCAGGAACCGUCACCGCCGCCAACUCGUCAACUUUCAAUGAUGGUGCCAGUGCCUUGGUGCUGGGGAACAAGACCAUUGCGCAAGAAUACGGAAAAGGAAGCAGAGUUCUUGCUCGUAUCAUCAGCUCCGCAGACGCAUCAGUCGAUCCUAUUGAUUUCCCCAUCGCGCCCGCUAAGGCGGUACCCAUCGCUUUGGAGCGCGCAGGUAUCAAGAAGGAGGAUGUGGCGGUUUGGGAGUUCAACGAGGCCUUUGCUGCCGUGAUCAAGGCCAAUGAACAGAUUCUCGGCCUCGAAAACGCAAACGUGAAUCUCCUCGGCGGCGCCAUCUCAUUGGGCCACGCCCUCGGAAGCUCUGGAUCACGUAUUCUUACAACCCUCCUGCAUCAACUGAAACCCGGCGAGUAUGGUGUUGCUGCUAUUUGCAAUGGUGGUGGUGCUGCCACAGCGAUGGUUGUGCAGAGAAUUGAGAGUGUGGACUGA